GACCACACGUGCAUCGCCGGAAGCUGCGCGAGUGCUGCGGUCGGACAGGAAGUUGGGUUGCGAACUACCGUGACGCAACCAUUUUCCACAUUUUCCUCGUGUCGAACUCCUCAGAUCUCCGCGUUCUCGUUUCAUCACGCGUUUUCCUUCCGCGUCAACUUGCCACCUGCACCCAGUCAUCAUGAAUGGUAUAGUAAGGAGCGCGCUACGCACCACGGCGCUUCGCGGUGUGCUGUCGUCCUCGUGCAGCAGCAACAGCAGCGGACAACCCACCAGGGCUCUGUGGAGCGUGUGCGGACGCCGGCAAAACGCCGAAGUCGCGCCCCUCGUCUCCUCCUUCGAGCUGCACAAUCUCCGCACCCGCAGGUGCUACAGCAGUUCGCAGUCCAAAACGGAGAAAAAUUUAACAGAGUUUCUAGCCGAGGAGAUAGUAGCCGAAAAGAAGGCACAGAAAUUAAAGACGAUACCAACAACAUUAAAUGGCUUUGCAGUGUCCCUCAAUGGCGCUGAGGUUAAUCUGAAAAAGAAAGAUGGCAAUGAUACAAUUAAUAUUUCAUUCAAUGUGAACCACACGGUGGAUACAGACACUGAAGAGAUAACUCCUACUAGUAACAAUGCUGAAAUUAAUGAAAUGAGAAGCAAGCCAACUUUCACAGUGGACAUAAUAAGGGGCAAUCAGACUCUAGGCUUCACUUGUUCUUUUAACCAUACGGCUGUUGAAUCAAGUAACCUUGAAGAAGGUUAUAUGGACUUAUUUGGUAUCGAUGAAAUCACGCUAUACGAUGGGGAUCAACACGAAACUGCGUACUCUGUAGCUGGCGAUAUCAUCGAUGGAUAUUUGUAUGACCUACUGAUGAACUACCUCGAGGAGAAAGGUAUUUCAAAUGAAUUUGCAGAGAAGCUGAUAAAUUUAAGCACAUCCUAUGAGCAUUCAGCUUAUGUCAGCCUAUUGGAGGGAUUAUCAAAGUUCACAUCUGGAAAGUAAUUAGGAAUUAGUAUUAAAACUCUGCGAUUCAUGAUACUGUAGUUUGUAAGCAUUGUUAAUAAAAGGAUGUUCUGAUUCAUAUUUUUACUUUUAUGUUUAAUUUUCAAAAUAUUCGAAUAAAAUGAAAAAUACAAUGAAAA